AGAUUCGAGGAAUACCGCGAAGUCGGGUCAUUCAAGAAGGAUACUGCUUUGACCGGGAAUACUGUUGCUGAUAUUGUAAUUAUUAUGCAAACUCUUCCCACAUCUUCGAGCACAGAAGGAAGGUUGAUCAUCUUCUUCAAUAAUUUUCAAAUCAUAAUCCUCUUCGAAACUAUUUACCCUGAACUACUGUACUGGCUUCUAGUUGUUUCGUGUGUCUCGCGUGACUACGGAUGUCUUUUGGCCGCUGCCAACGCUCAAGUACGCAUUCUUAUAACGACGCUCCCUAGUAAUGCACCCAAUUUGGAACCAGAUCUCCACUUAGCGGAGCGCGUCAUGAUGAUAAAUCACCAUGCACUACGUCACGUCGUAUGGUUUGAAGAAUCUUCUUUCAAAGUGAGUGAGCUCGGGUUUUGUGAUAUUCUUGCCAUAGACGUACGGCUUCUUUCCAGAUGCUUUAUUUGGUUGCCCUUGCUUCAAGUUCUUGAUUUAGGAAUCUUUCUACCUGGAAGUCCCACACUAUUCGACCCAACUGAACCAGGGAUGCGGAUUGCUUAUGAUCUCUCCUUUGAAGAUAUGGUAAGUUUGCUUUUCCCUGUUUUCUGUUACACUUUCUGA